AUGGAUAUAAUUACUGCAAUAUUACUCCUAAUAUGCAUUGUGGCAUUACUUUAUUGGAAAUAUCGUCAAAUAAUUAAAUGGGCAGACGUCAUUCCGGGAUAUGAAGAGCCUUUUUCUGAAAAACCUUCUGUUAAAGCGUUAUUUGCUUCUCGAGAACGGCGCAUGGAAUUAACGAUGGAAAGAGCAACGAAGUAUCCAAGAAUUUACCGAAUAUACUUCGAUUUGUGGCCAAAAGUGAUGUUAACGGAUCCAGAAUUGGUCAAAGUAGCCUUAACUUCGACAAAAUGUCUCAAAAAGCCGGAUUUUUAUAGAUUUUUCGGAUGGGGAGCCGGAUUAGUGACAGCUCCUGUUGAUUCUUGGAAAGUUCAUCGAAAACUUUUGAAUCCCGCCUUUGGAGUUGGUGCUGUGCACUCGUUUAUUCCCGUUUUUGAUCAAUGCAGCAAGGAAUUUGCGAAAAUUCUCGAACCGCAUAUUGAUGGAAAGGAGUUCGAUUUACUGGAUUAUUCCGUUAAAGCGACUUUGGACAGUAUUUGCGCUACUUCGUUUGGAGUUAAGGUCGACGCACAAAAGAAAAAGUUGGAAUUUAACAAAUAUUUACAGCGAGUGCAUGAAAUUGUUGCCAUGCGAGUGACAAAAAUCCAAUUACGACCUGAUUUUGUCUUCCGUUUCACGAAAUAUUUCAAAGAAAAUAUUCAUGUGCGGAACGAAUGCAUAAAAUUUGGCGAUAAACUCAUCGAACAACGAAAAUCCAUGAUAAAAAACGAUCAAAAAUUGGAAAUUUGCGAAGAAAAUGACGAUGACAUCCCACAAAAACCCAAAAUUUUCGUCGAUCAUCUGCUAAAAGGCGACGGAUGUCACUUCACCGAGUCCGAAAUCCGUGAUCAUGUCUUCACAACAAUUUCCGCGGGAAACGAGACAACCGCUUUAGCAAUUGCCAACACAAUUCUCUUCAUUGCCAUUCAUCCAGACAUCCAAGAGCGCCUCGUCGAAGAGCUUCAACAAGUUUUCUACGACGAAUCCAUCGAAAUUGACAUCGAUCAACUCUCAAAACUGAAAUACAUGGAAAUGGUACUGAAGGAAGUGCUUCGAUUGUGUCCCAGUGUUCCCGCAUGGGCACGCGAAACAACUGACGACAUGUACAUCGACGGAUAUCGGAUACCAAAAGGCACGGAAAUGAUUUUUGUUGGAUACGCAAUUCAUCGACGCAAGGAAGAUUGGGGUCCAGAUCCGGGCAAAUUCGAUCCAGAUAGAUUUUUACCCGAGAAUUCGGCGAAUCGACAUCCUUAUAGCUAUUUACCGUUCUCCGCGGGCAGCAGAAAUUGCAUUGGAAAGCGAUAUGCGAUGAUUUCGUUGAAAAUUAUGCUGACAAAUCUACUGAUGAGCUAUAAAUUCAAAACUUCGCUCAAAUGGAGUGACAUUAAAUGGAAGAUGGAUAUUCAUUUGCACAUUACAAAGCCCCAUUCAGUGUCAAUUGAGAAGCGGGAAUUCUUUACUCCUGUUCAAAAUAUAUUUGAAAAAUAUCAAAAUAGAUUUUGCGUUGAAAGAUAG